GCUCUGCUUGGCCGCUUGGCAGGCUGGCCUUCCGCGCCGCCGUUAAACCCCCGACAGGUCCGGUGCCUUCCCAGUUUGGGGCGGGUCAGGAGAAUGGCCUCGGAGAUGGAGUCCUCGCUGGAGGCGAGCUUUUCGUCCAGCGGUGCGGUGUCAGGAGCUUCCGUGUUUCUGCCUCCGGCUCGCUCCCGCAUCUUCAAGAUAAUCGUGAUCGGCGACUCUAAUGUGGGCAAGACAUGCCUGACCUACCGCUUCUGCGCCGGCCGCUUCCCGGACCGUACCGAGGCUACUAUCGGGGUGGAUUUCCGAGAACGAGCGGUGGAGAUUGAUGGGGAGCGCAUCAAGAUCCAGUUAUGGGACACAGCAGGACAAGAACGAUUCAGAAAGAGCAUGGUACAACACUACUACAGAAACGUACAUGCCGUUGUCUUCGUGUAUGAUAUGACCAACAUGGCUAGUUUUCAUAGCCUGCCAUCUUGGAUAGAAGAAUGCAAACAACAUUUGCUAGCCAAUGAUAUACCACGGAUUCUUGUUGGAAAUAAAUGUGACUUGAGAAGUGCCAUUCAAGUACCUACAGACUUGGCACAAAAAUUUGCAGAUACACACAGUAUGCCUUUGUUUGAAACCUCUGCUAAGAACCCCAAUGAUAAUGACCAUGUGGAAGCUAUAUUUAUGACCUUGGCUCAUAAGCUUAAGAGCCACAAACCAUUAAUGCUUAGUCAACCCCCUGAUAAUGGAAUUAUCCUGAAGCCUGAACCAAAGCCUGCAAUGACGUGCUGGUGCUAAAUAACAGUCUUUAUUGUAGUAUCUAAUUUUGACUAAAGAAAUACUUUUGAAGUAUGACAGUGAUAAGUCAUAAGAUUUAAUUUCAAAUGUAAUGGAUCAUCCUGACACUGUACUUUUUAUCAUUGUCAUGCUUACUUUUGUAUUUUGUAUCUACUUAAUCAAGUUUGUCAUUGUGACGACACAAGGGAAAAGUUGGUUGUCAGGAGAGGUUGAAAUGAAGCAAAGGUAGGAUGAAUCAGAACAUCUUUCCAUUGAGAGCCC